AUGGCCCCGCGAUUUGUGCUCCUUUUCUUGCUCCUCUCCCUCCUGCCGCUCGUGCUUCCGCAUCCCAUCCGCCUCCCCUCCGCGCCUUGCGCAGCGCGGGUCGCCGCGCGGAGCCUCGAAGGCCGCGGGGCGCACCGCGUGCUGCGCACGUCACUCCACGUGGCAUGCCCCGCCGAUGUGUUCCGUCCACGUCAUCCAGGCGGUGCGCACGUGGCGUGCGGAGAAGCGCCCGUUACGAGAACGGGGAGUCGCGGUUACAAUGGGAAUGAGGGGGAAACGGAAGGAGGGAGAACCGACGGCGGAGAGAAGGAGCGGCCGACAGAUGGGUGCAGAGCGGUUCCAGAGCUCAGUAGCUGCACUGCUGCAAGUGAAAGCGUGGGAAGCGGUGGGGCGGCAGGGAGGACACGUGCCACAAUACGAUUGGAGCAGCCCGUGCCACGUGGACUGUAUGCCGAUCCGUUUGAGCUGGAGCGAAUCCUGCGACCAGAGGGCGACCGAGCCUGGGUGGUAGGUCCGGUGGAGCUGGAGCAGCCGGCGCCUCGGUGUGAAGCAACAAUGGCUCUCAUGGAAAGGGACGUGGCAUUGGGAGAGGGGGAGCGGAAGGGGGAGGGGGAAGGCGCAGGGGGAAAAGUGAGAAAGGGGGAAGGGGACGUGCAUGCGGGGGAGAGGAAGGGGGAGAAGGGGGGCGUGCGUGAGGGGGAAGAUGAGGUUACUUACUCAGUGGAGUUCAGCCUGCCUCUGCACUCUCGUUACCCGGUAACCACGCUAUCUUAA